GUGGCUGCCUCAGCAUGGAGAGUGGCCUUGGCCCUGUGUCCACCCCUGGUGCGCUGCCCUACUAUGUGGCCUUCUCCCAGCUGCUGGGUUUGACUGUGGUGGCCAUGACUGGUGCUUGGCUGGGUCUGUACCGAGGUGGCAUUGCCUGGGAGGGGACCCUGCAGUUUAACGUGCACCCGCUCUGCAUGGUCAUAGGCAUGAUCUUCCUGCAGGGAGAUGCCCUGCUGGUCUACCGUGUCUUCAGGAAAGAGGCCAAACGCACCACUAAGGCCCUGCACGGGCUACUGCAUGUCUUUGCGUUCAUCAUCGCCCUGGUUGGCCUGGUGGCGGUGUUCGAUUACCAUAAGAAGAAGAGCUAUGCUGAUCUGUACAGCCUGCACAGCUGGUUCGGGAUCCUUGUCUUUGUUCUUUACUUUGUGCAGUGGUUCGUGGGCUUCAGCUUCUUCCUGUUCCCUGGAGCUUCAUUUUCCCUGCGGAGCCGCUACCGCCCUCAGCACAUCUUCUUUGGUGCCACCAUCUUCCUCCUUUCUGUAGGAACAGCCCUGCUGGGCCUGAAGGAAGCGCUGCUGUUUAAACUCGGGAGCCAGUACAGCACAUUUCAGCCUGAAGGGGUCCUGGCCAACGUGCUGGGCCUGCUGCUGGCCUGCUUCGGGGUGACUGUGCUCUACAUCUUGGCUCAAGCUGACUGGAAGCGGCCUCCCCAGGCUGAAGAACAAGCCCUCUCCAUGGACUUCAAGACCCUGACUGAGGGAGACAGCCCCAGCUCCCAGUGAUGGCCCGACUCCAUCUUGUCUCAUGCAGAGGCCGCUUGGGGGCGGCUCUCUCAAUUUUGUGGAGUUCCCAUAGGCGUCUUGUGGCUCACCCCUGCUGAGGCUGAGUCUUCAGAACCUGGGGAAGACUCAGGCAGCAUGGUGGGGAGUGUGGGUGUAGUGGUGUCUUUUAGGUGGCUUCUGGGGUUAGGGCUGUCCUCUGCUUUCCCUCCCUCACUGUGGCUGUGGCUAUAGAUGUCCUGUGCAGGUAUUGUUCCCUGUUCCCCUUCACAUGCAGAAAGCUUUGGUGGGGGCCUGGGGCUCAGUCCUGGAUGCAGAAGCAGAGCUCCCCACAGGAGCUGGACAGGCUCCACCCUCCAGGCAGCAGAUGGCUAGGGUGAGGCCAGGGGAACUGCAGGGCCUCAGGGAUAGUUCUGGAAAGCUAAGACUGCUGUUUGUAUAACUGAAUCCUAACCAGGAGUCCCUCCAGCCUGAGCAGCAUGUUGGAGAAACUGGCCCAGUCCUUGGCAGUGGAGCAAGUGAUAUUAUGUACAAAGUAUGCCUCUAAUCAGAGGAAGGCUUCCCAGGAGAGGGGAGGGACCAGCUCCUGGGAAGCACUGCCAUUUGGCUUUGACCCCACAGCAGUCUUAAGCCUUCCUGCUCUUUAACCCACGAUUCCCAGGACAGCUUUGAGGGAGAGGGGACAGGAACAUGUGACUUCAGACACACUUGCCCUGGAGAUGGGGCAGCCUGCAUGGGAAGCAGGAGAGGCCUCCUGUCCUCUGGCUCCCCUGCAGAGCUCCUCUCACAGUGGGCAGCUUGGGAACUGCGCUGAGAGGCAGAGGGCAGUUUUUUGGAAUGAAGAGCCGCUGCUUGUGGCAUGCUUCUGGCUUGAACUGCCUGUUCUGUUUUGGAGGAUGAGCCCUGUCUUCCCUCACCUGGGCCCAUCUUUUCAGGAAUUUGGAACUGGGGCAGAAUGAGAAGAAUCCUCUGUGGUGUCUGGACCUUAUUCCCAUCCCAUAAUUUGUGUUAUGAUGUUGUUAGCUGAGUCACUGUUUGGCUUUGCUCUAGAAAUAAUAUGUUUAGAGCCUCCGUCUGAUGCUUCUUGGACUUGGGAAGGCCCCUCCAUUUUUUCUGGGCUCUAAGCAACCUGACAGUUUGAGACAGUCACAGUUUACUUAAGUGAGAAAAUUAAUAAAAUUUCUAAACUGACUACAUUUAACAGUUACCCUUUUCACACCUAGAUGCUGCCUUAGAGAAAAUGGGCUGGCCUUAUCUAUUCCUCAGAUUUUUUUCUUUUUUGUACCAGGGAUUGAACCCAGGGGCGCUUAACC